CAAACAAAAAUCCAUACCCGCCUAAAUGUUCUCUCUUAACUCUCAUAGUCUCAUUUCCCCUUCGAUCUCUCCAAAACCACGGCCCAAAUCCCCCAAUCUAACCUCGCGAUCUGCGCCCGAAAAUCCAGCUACGAUUUACCUAAAAAAUCCAACCCCGCUUUUCUCGGCUUUCAUGAUUCCUCGUCGGGUUUAAAAUCGGGGGAUCCAAAUGGCUUUGUCGGAUCGGGCGGUCAAUGAUGAGUCUUCAACCUUAUUAAUUACCGUAAAGGUCGAGUCUUUCUGUUUCUGAAGACCCUCGAUUUUGAUUUCUAGGGAUUUCGACGAAUCAGGGAAGUAUGAGCGUGACCAAGUCUCAGGUCUGGCAGCCGUGCAAGAAGAAGAGGUUGAUUUUCUGAUCGGCGGAGAGUUAUAGAGAGAGAGAGAGAGAGAGAGAGAGAGAGAGGGAGAGGGAGAGAAAGAGAGAGAUAUUUGGUGAUGGCGGCGAGGGCGGGCGCGACUGCGAGUCGGACUCGAGUCGGGAGGUACGAUCUGGGUCGGACCCUAGGGGAGGGCAAUUUCGCCAAGGUUAAAUUUGCCAGGAACGUCGAGACGGGUGAGAAUUUCGCUAUUAAGAUUCUGGAUAAAGAGAAGGUCCUCAAGCACAAGAUGAUUGGCCAGAUCAAACGAGAAAUAUCAACGAUGAAGCUAAUUAGACAUCCCAAUGUAAUCCGUAUGUAUGAGGUGAUGGCUAGCAAGACAAAAAUAUACAUUGUUUUGGAGUUUGUGACUGGUGGAGAACUAUUUGACAAAAUUGCAAGUAAAGGAAGAUUGAAAGAAGAUGAAGCAAGGAAAUAUUUUCAGCAGCUUAUAAAUGCAGUGGAUUACUGUCAUAGCCGAGGUGUUUUCCAUAGAGAUUUGAAGCCUGAGAAUUUGCUGCUGGAUGUCAAUGGAGUGCUUAAAGUUUCAGAUUUUGGGCUCAGUGCACUGCCUCAGCAAGUUCGAGAAGAUGGAUUACUUCACACCACAUGUGGGACACCAAAUUAUGUUGCCCCUGAGGUCAUCAACAACAAAGGGUAUGAUGGAGCAAAGGCAGAUCUAUGGUCCUGUGGCGUUAUUCUUUAUGUCUUGAUGGCUGGUUAUCUUCCCUUUGAAGAUUCCAAUCUCAUGGCAUUAUAUAAAAAGAUAUUCAAGGCCGAGUUCUCCUGUCCUCCAUGGUUCUCCUCAAAUGCAAAGAAGCUCAUUAAGAGAAUCUUGGAUCCUAACCCCUUGACACGAAUUACAAUUGCUGAAGUAAUUGACAAUGAUUGGUUCAAGAAAGGGUAUAAACCACCUAUUUUUGAACAAGUUGAUGUUAGUCUCGAUGAUGUGGAUGCGAUAUUCAAUGAUCCUGGGGAUAUUCAGAACCUUGUAGUUGAGAGGCGAGAGGAGCGACAUGAGCCCGUUACCAUGAAUGCCUUUGAGCUCAUCUCUACAUCUCAGGGCCUUAAUCUCAAUAGUCUAUUUGAGAAACAGAUGGACCUUGUUAAACGAGAAACAAGAUUCACAUCCAAACGUCCUGCUAAUGAGAUUAUUACCAAAAUUGAGGAAGCUGCAGCACCUUUGGGUUUUGGUGUGAAGAAAAAUAACUUUAAAUUGAAGCUUCAAGGUGAAAAAACUGGACGUAAAGGUCAUCUAUCUGUUGCAACAGAGAUUUUUGAGGUGGCCCCUUCUCUCUACAUGGUUGAAGUCCGCAAGUCAGGGGGAGACACUCUGGAAUUUCACAAUUUCUACAAGAAUUUAUCCACGGGGCUGAAAGAUAUUGUCUGGAAGUCAGGAGAUGAGUCAAGGAAGGAAGCAGAGUUUGGUUCUGCUUCUAGUUCUGGUACUGCUGCUGGUGCUGUUGCUGUUGCGGGUGCUGGUCUGGAUGCGAUUCAAGGAAGCAAAAACCCCCCAAUGAUGAGAGAAGAGGUCAUCAGCUCCGGAGGGACCCUUGAUCCUACUCCUGCUGCCAGUUCGGCUGGGGCGUCUUCGCCGACGGUGCAUGGAAAUGUGGGCAGUGUGGAUGGGUCUGUUCACGGACAGGGCUCCAAAGGAGCUUCUAUUUCGUGCGUUGGCUCGCAGCCGCCGAUGACUUCUUUGAGCACCAGUGCCGGUGCUGGUGGUGGAAGGGGUAGUUCUAUUUUUGGGUCUUCGAAACUGUCAUGUAGGCCUUGGGAGAGAGGGGACUUGCUGCGCCGGUUGGCUACUUUUAAGCCCUCGCAUUGGUCUGGGAAGCCAAAGGUUAUCAGUUCAUUGGCUUGUGCUAGGAGAGGUUGGGCAAAUGUUGAUGUUGAUAAAAUUUCAUGUGAAUCUUGCAGCGCAUGCCUUACUUUUGCUUUGUUGCCAACGUUGAGUCCUGAUGAAGUUCAAAACGCUGGGGAAGACUUUGUCAAAAAGCUGGAUUCUGGUCACAAAGUCGCUUGUCCAUGGAGAGGAAACAGCUGCCCUGAAAGCUUGGUGCAGUUCCCUCCUACUCCUCAGUCUGCCUUAAUUGGUGGGUAUAAGGAUAGAUGUGAUGGACUUUUGCAAUUUCACUUGCUCCCUAAGAUAGCUACCUCUGUAAUUGAGCAAAUAUGGGUUUCUAGGGGUCCACAGAUUGACCGCCUUCUGUCCCAGUCUCAGAAUCUCAUGGCAGGAGAUGUUGAUUUAAAACCAGAAAGUAUACCAGAAUUUGAAAGCUCUCGAGAUGGAGCGAUCUGUUUAUACUCUCGUGCACAGAGGCUUAUAAGUCUUUGUGGAUGGGAACCAAGAUGGCUUUUGAAUAUUCAAGACUAUGAAGAGCAUUCUGCCCAAUCAGCCAGAAAUGGCUAUUCUCUUGGGCCUACCUAUGCCCAGGUCCAUCUUUCACAGGAUCCUGGAGCAAGCAAGAAAGCUAUUUCGGCUUCUACAAGAAAGGAUACUGGAAAGAGUAAAGUUUUAGUUAAGGAAUCCAGAGGUGAUCUAAGAUCACCUUUGCUGGAUUGCAGCUUAUGUGGUGCUACAGUCAGAAUUUUGGAUUUCUUAACCAUUCCUCGACCUGCACGUUUUGCUUCGAACAACAUUGAUAUUCCUGACUCUAGCAAAAAGAUGGGUUUGACACGAGGUGCAAGUGCAGCCAGUGGAAUUAGUGGUUGGGUUGCUGCUGAUGAUGCAAAAGAACAUACUGAAGACCGUGAUGAAGUAGCAACAACAACUGAGGGGAAUUUGAUUCUAGAUGCGGAUGUUGAUUUGAAUCUUACAAUGGCGGGGGGUUUAACGUUCAAUCGGUUCGGCAGUGCAGGAAUGGCUGAUAAUAUUAAUGAUGCAGAUAUGGGGAGGGAUCUAAUGAUUGGGCAACCACAAGGCAGUGAGGUUGGGGAUCGCGCAGCUUCAUAUGAAUCGAGGGGUCCCAGCUCUCGUAAACGGAGUUUAGAAAAAGUAGGCAGCUCUGUUGAUAGGCCACAUUUAAGGACGCAGCAGGCUGAUAGUGUUGAAGGAACCGUUAUUGAUCGUGAUGGUGAUGAAGUUACAGAUGGUAGACAAGAUUCAGCCGGACCUUCAAAACGAGCUCGCGAUUCAGAUUUUGUUGAUACGUACUGUUCAUCUGGUGCUGGUCCCAGUCAUUCGAUGGGUCUUGAAAUUUAUACUGAUGGUAAUAGAGGUCCUUCAUUUCCUCAAGGAAGUGACCAGUUUGUUGGAAUCCAUUCAACUAGGGAUUCAGCACGUGCAUCUUCAGUUAUUGCAAUGGAUACAAUUGGUCAUACUUCAGAUGAUGACUCUAUGGCAAGUGUUGAAAAUCAUCCGGGAGAUAUGGAUGAUAUUCAUUUCCCCUCAUCUAGUACAUAUGGAAAUCUGGACAUGAAUGAGACAUCAGAAGUGAACUAUAGUAAUCAAGCUCAACAGAGCAUUGGUUUUCAACCAGUUGCUGAUGUACUUCCUGAGGAAAUGGGUGUUAGUAGUACAAAUGAUGGGGAAGAGAUCUUCAAUGCUGAAACUGUGACUGGUCAGGCUCGGGAUGGGUUUAGUUUUGGGAUGAGUGGAGGAAGCGUUGGAAUGUGUGCUAGUCAUGAGGCUGAGAUCCAUGGGGCUGAUGUAUCUGUUCAUAGAGCCGACAGUGUCGUUGGUGAUGUGGAACCCAGAACAGAAGAAGCUGAGAAUCAGGGCCAGACGGGUGAAUCUGCACCAGAUCCUGGGCUAAUGGAUGAAAUUGUCCCCAAUGAGAUGAAUAGGGAAGAUCCUCAAGGUGAUAGCCAGGAGAUGCUAUCUCGAUCUGUAGGGAGAGCUGAUAGUGGCUCAAAGAUUGAUGGUUCUACCAAGGCUGAAUCUGUGGAGAGUGGUGAAAAGAUUAGUCAAAAGUUAGAGAACAGCGCCCGCCCUUCUCUUUCAUGCAAUGCAAACGUAUACUCUAAUUAUGGAACGGCCAAGAAAGUGGUGAAAAAUGCUGGCAAGUCUUCAUUUACAAACAAUUGUGUGUUCCAAGAAUCAGAGUAUGUAGUUGCCAAUGGAAUAGGACCUCCAAAAGGGGAGAGCAAUUACGAAGAACCUAUGGAGUUUGAUCCAAUUGGCCAUCACAACCAGUUCUGCCCGUGGGUCAAUGGGAAUGUUGCUGCUGCUGGCAGUAGUAGUUUUGGCCCUGACACCAAUGCUGAUGUUGUUGCGUUAUGUGGGUGGCAGCUGACCUUAGAUGCCCUUGAUGCUUUGCGUUCCCUGGGACAUGUUGGCAUUCAGACAUUGGAGUCUGAGUCAGCAGCAUCACAAUACAAGGAUGAUCACCGAAAUCCGGGCAAGAAACUCCUUCGACACCAUUCUAUGAGUCGAAGCCAUGGGCAAUAUUGAGAUGUAUAAAGAUCAAAAACCUCAUUUGAAGUUGUACGGAAAUUCAAAAGCGGGCUUCUAGUUGCAACUGGAGCUGGUGCUGGGUUGGGUACUGGCAGUCACCCUUCCCUUUUUAUAGUUCUUUAGUAUUUCUACAAUUGUCGGAUUUUUAGACGCAUUUUCAUGCAGAGUCGUGAACUUCCCUUUAUAAUUUUUUCCCAUAAAUUUAAGAUUUCUACCUGUUAUCUAGGAAACUGUUUGAGAGAUGAACUAAUCUUAUGCGAACAUGUAUGAACAAUUGAAGUUCCUUGCAACUCGCUUGUAUUUUAUUAUUAAAAAUGGUGUGAGGUGGAAUUUUUUGGUAGUAGAUUCUACUGUAAAUGAGAUGUGAAUCCUUGUUCCAAUCCUUGUAAUAGGUUUGAUUUAUUUGUU